GGGUCCCUUGCGCCUCCUUCCCGGCCUUCUCUGCGCGGCCUGCGUCUGCGCUCUCUUCCGGCGGCGCACAGGCUGCGCCGAGCUCCCUGCGUGCACCGCGCCCUGGCCGAGGCGCGUGACAACUGGAAUCAGCAUGUCUAGCACUGAGGAAGCAGUUCUUGGAGGGUGUGACAGCCACACUCCUGCUGGCAGCAACUCUGUGGUGUGGUUUGGACAGUGCCCGUAUACAGCAGAAGAGUCCCAGGCCAUCCAGAAUGCUCUGAGGCAGAGGUUGGGCCCGGAAUACAUAAGUAGCCGCAUGGCUGGAGGAGGCCAGAAGGUGUGUUACAUUGAGGGUCACAGGGUAAUUAAUCUGGCCAAUGAGAUGUUUGGGUACAACGGCUGGGCACACUCUAUCACACAGCAGAACGUGGAUUUUGUUGACCUCCAUAAUGGCAAGUUCUACGUGGGAGUCUAUGCAUUUGUGAGGGUCCAGUUGAAGGAUGGUUCAUAUCAUGAGGACGUGGGUUAUGGUGUAAGUGAGGGCCUCAAGUCAAAGGCCUUGUCUUUGGAGAAGGCCAGGAAGGAGGCGGUGACAGACGGGCUGAAGCGAGCCCUCAGGAGUUUUGGGAAUGCACUUGGAAAUUGUAUUCUGGACAAAGACUAUCUGAGGUCACUUAGUAAGCUUCCACGCCAGUUGCCUCUUGAAGUGGAUCUAACCAAAGCAAAGAGACAAGAUUUUGAACCAUCUGUGGAACAGGCGAGAUACAACAGCUGCCAACCAAACAUGGCUCUGGGACCCCCAAAACCACAGGAGGUGACCUCCCCUUGCAAAACAAGCCACCCAGAUGAUCCCCACACUGUGACUGAGAGGGAUAAGGACUACAGCUCCCGAAGCCUGACAUCGUCCACCGUGGAGAGUGACGCCACAUACCAGCGGAAGCUCCGGCAGAAGCAGCUGCAGCAGCAGUUCCGGGAGCAAAUGGAGAAGCAGCAGCAAGUUCAGAUACCUGCUCCGUCAGUCGAAAAGCAGAGUGAGGGUGUUGCUUCUGGCCCCGCUCUGACCCACAGCACUCCUGUAGCUGCUGUCUCAGAACGACUUGCUGAAAAGGACCUCCGUGCAGAGAACCUUGAAGACAACCUUGAAAUGUGGGAUAUGACUCAAGAUGCAGGGGACAAUGUUGCCAAGCCCUUGUCCAGACCAGAACCACCCCAGACCUCUGCCAUACCAAUCCUGAAUGACCAGAUGGCAUCCUGGAACAGGACCUCACACAGCCUGUGCCAACAGAAGCCAGAAGCAAAAUCUAGACCCUGGGACCCUCAAACUUUUAACACUAACCUGCAUAUAACAGGAAACUGUGACUCUCAUAGGAAGAGCCAGGACAUGAAGAAAAGGAAAUUGGAUCCAUCUUAACUGAGGCUGAGGCCACAUCAUUAGAUUAUGUCACAAAGGGUCUUCAGAAACUAAUUUUUGAUCAUGAAAUUGUCCAUCAUCCCUGGGGAAUGAACUUUAUUUCCAAGGAUUUACCUUCGUCCUGAACCUUAUCAGAGAAUUUGACUAUUAGAGCCUGUGGCAGAUAAAUCUGAGGACUUUAAAAAGCUGUCACACUGCAGUGGGGAGGCUCUGGACAGAUGAAAUAUCUUUCCUUUGACUUUGGAGGAUUUUCACUAUUUAUUCUUAAGCUAUUAUGUUAAUAUGACAUUUUAGGAACCACCAGUAGCUGCCUGCCCUCAAGCAACACAGGCCAUACUUGGUAUUAAGCACCAGCUUUACAGUUGCCUACGUUAAAUUGUUGUGAGUAAUCUCUGCCUUCUUUCCCUUUGGGGCUUUAUGCUUUUAAUGCUGUCCACACAAGUACUGUGUGUCAUGAUAAGAAAAAGGCUGUAGUGCUAUUUUUUACUACUUUUCAUCAAUCCAGGCUAUAAUCUUCAUUUAAUAUAAAUCUUCAUCUAAUAUAAUCUCAUUCAUGGGUUUAUGACAACACAACCCUGCAUUCUUUCAAGACCAACAUUUUAUUUCAACAAGGAAAUAAAGAUCUAUGACCAAGGGAAAGGCA